AUGUCCCGCAAGAACUCAUAUAGCCUUGAAACCGAAGUGGUUCAUUAUCAAACUGGUGACGAAUAUAAUGCUUCUGUUCCACCAUUAUACCAAACUGCUACUUUUAAACAGCAAUCCUUAUCCAACAUGGGGGAAUACGAUUACACAAGAUCAGGAAAUCCCACAAGAACCCAAUUACAGAACCAUCUUGCAAAAAUCAUGAGAGCAGAUCAUGUGUAUGCUGUGUCUUCUGGUAUGACUUGUCUUGAUGUUAUUACCAAGAUGUUGAAACCUGGAGAUGAAGUUAUUGCUGGUGAUGACUUGUAUGGUGGUUCCGAUAGAUUGUUGACUUAUUUGAACAACAAAGGUGAUAUCAAAGUCAAACAUAUUGAUACUACAAAAACAAGCGAUGUGAUUUCUGCUAUUACAGAGAAGACUGCUAUGAUUUUCUUGGAGUCUCCAACCAAUCCAUUAUUUAAAGUUGUUGAUGUCAGAACCAUUGCUGAACAAGCACAUAUCAUCAACCCAAAUGUUAUUGUCGUGUUUGACAAUACUAUGUUGUCACCUGUUUUAAUGUGUCCCUUGGAUCUUGGUGUUGACAUACAUUAUGAAAGUGGAACAAAGUUCCUUAAUGGUCAAUCUAACUCCUCCAGUGGUGUUAUUGCUACUAGAUCUGCCGAGUUAGCAGAAAAGUUAUACUACGUUAUCAAUGCAUCAGGAUCGGCUCUAGCACCAUUUGAAUCGUGGCUCUUGCUCGUCAACUUGAAAACUCUUUACUUGAGAGUCAAUAAGCAACAAGAGAAUGCAGUAGAAUUGGCAAACUGGUUAUCCGGUUAUAGUGGAUUCAAGGUUUAUUAUCCUGGCUUAAAAUCUCAUCCUGGUUAUGAAUUGCAGAAGUCAAUGUCGAACGGAUCUGGUGCUGUUUUAUCAUUGCUGACUGGAGAUGUUGCCUUGCUGAAAGCUAUAGUUGAAGGUGUUAAGUUAUUUGGUAUUUCCGUUUCAUUUGGUGGUGUCAGCUCAAGUAUUAGUAUGCCAUUUUACAUGUCCCAUGCUUCAAUUGAUGACAAAAAGAAACAAGAAAGAGGACUUCCGGAAGAUUUAAUUCGUAUUUCUGUUGGUGUCGAGAAUGCUGGUGACCUUAUACGCGAUUUUAAAUCAAGUAUUCAUUCUGCUUACCAAUCUAAAUCUAAAUUGAAGUCAUAUUUGUAG